AAAGUUGGUAUAUUAUACAUUCAAACAUAUACACAACAUGAAGGCAUUCAGCAGAUUACUUAAACAUAUCCCAUCCAUAAAGUUUGUUGGUGGUCCUCACGUGCACAAAGCUACUUCUGGUGCAGUAAAACCACAUCCAAUGGCUCCAAAUGGCCAACUUCCAGGCUCAGCCAGUGGAACUACUUCAUACCAUAACCCAAACCCUAUUCAACCAGCCGAAGGUGAAUAUUUCUCCAGAAGUGAAUUGCCAUUGAGAUUCAGAUAUAAGGCCAUUAAGGACAGUGAAAUUGAUAAUGUUCUUAGUGGUGGUGCUGAGUUUGUUUACUAAGUCAUUAUAGAAAAACUUUUUAUGUUUAUUUAUUUCUUGCAAGGAAUAUAUAGAUUGUAUAUAUUACAAUAGAUGUUGCAUCUUUCAUAC